AUGAACAAUUUUAUUUUUAUUGAUAGCGAAGACAGUGAAAAUUCUGUGGUUGAAGUUGAAGUUCCUAAAAGAGCAACCCCUCCAAUAAUUGAAAUUAAUGAUGAUGAUAUAUACUUGCAUUUAUCAAAUAUUUCUGAGAGGCCCAAGAUGAUGACUAAUCAAAUACAAGAUAUACAAAUAAUUAAGGAAAUACAAAAAGAGUUACCAAAUAACUAUGACACACAGUAUUGCAAUCCCAAUCACUGGACGUCAGACAUGAUUAAAUUUUACAAUGAUGAUUGGGGUAAUGAGGAAACUUUUUCAGUUGAAAAUAUUCAAAGAAAAAUGGACAAAUCUCCAGCUUUAUGGAAAAUAUCUCAAAAGGAUCUGUUGAGGCAACACAGAAGUAAAAGAUAUUAUGCAUACUGUGACAAUUGUAGACAGCCUGGUCAUGUUGCUUAUAAAUGUCCUGAACCGUUAUAUGUUCCAAAAUGUCAUAUGUGUGGAACACCAGGCCACAUUGAUCACCAGUGCCCUAAUGCAAUAUGUCUCAAUUGUGGAAAUGAAACUGGAGAAUUCAAACUUUGCUGUUACAAAUGUAAAUUUCAAACAAAUCAAGUUUGUUCGAGAUGUUCAUUAAAAGGACACAAUUACAUAAAUUGCCCCGAUCACUGGAGAUUAUUUCACUUAACUACCAAAACUAAAAAUAUAAUUAUUCCAAAUUUAAAUGUAAAUAAAAAGGAAAAAGACAUUUGGUGUUGUAAUUGUGGUAAAAAAGGACAUUUCUUCAGUAACUGUCACUUUCCGAAAGAAUUGAAAAGCUUUACAGAUAGUGUACCAUUUAUUGUAUCAUAUAAAAGGGAUAAUGCAUUAGAAAAAAACAAUUUACAAAAUGGUGAUAAAAUAAUAUAA